GUUUUAUUUGUGCUGUACUUAUACAAUACAUACAUAAGGUACUUUAAGCGGUACAUUGCGCAGCAAAACUCCGUCGCAUAUUGUGGUGCACGAUUGACGGACAAUAAUGAUUUUUCGUCUUUGUUUCCUCAUUCUGCAGUGUGUUUGAAGACAGCAACGAAAUAGAUGAUAUUUCUGUGCACGGCCCAGCGUGGACAGUGCGUGACACGGGAUAUGGUUUUAUGAAAUUUUGAUUCAAGCUCGAGUGUCCGCUAUCACGAACCAUGUCUGGCCGACUGAUAAGUAAUUCUACGGGUGAUUUCAAUGCUUCGGCAUUGGUGAACAUAACCAAUGUUACCGAGAUACCGAAAACAACCCUCCCCGCCUUCGUGGACACUGGCUAUCCGUCGACGGGAUUCAUCACAUGGGGAGCCGCUCUGGUCUUCCUCAUGACUCCGGGCUUGGCAUUGUUUUACUCGGGUCUCUCGCGAUACAACAAUGCCCUUUCCCUGAUGAUGCUGUGCAUGCUGGCAGCGGCGAUAGUCACUAUCCAAUUCUUCCUCUUCGGCUUCAGCCUCGCUUUCUCCGAAACCGGUGGUCCGUUUAUUGGUGAUUUUAAUGCCGGGGCUCUGACCACCCUCGGGGCGCACGCUUUUCCUAAUACGGCGCCGGCCAUUCCAUCCAUUGCCUUCAUGGUGUACCAGAUGCAGUUCGCCACCAUCACCGCCGCCCUCAUCUUUGGCUCGGUGCCGGAACGAACCCGUUUCCUACCGGCUAUGAUUUUUGUUUUCAUUUGGACGACGUUGGUAUAUGAUUUUGUCGCUUAUUGGACGUGGGCGGAUCACGGAUGGAUCAGGAAUCUGGGCUGUAUCUCCAACAUCACGAGCGAUGCGGGGCCGUGCUUCGUGGGUGCCUAUGAUUUUGCCGGUGGCGGUCCAGUUCAUAUUGCAUCAGGAUUUGCCGGGUUGGCCUACUGCUUGAUUCUCGGCAAGCGGAAGCGUAUUCACGUGGAGCAUCAUAGCCUGGUGAAUGUCAUGUUUGGUACUGGCCUACUUUGGUGUGGAUGGUUUGCAUUCAACGGUGGAUCUGCCGGUGCAUCGACAACAAGAGCGGCAAUGGCGUCAACAGUUACAACAAUUGCAGCAGCGAUGGGUGGGUUAAGCUGGAUCUGGCUGGAUUACCUCUGGACACGCAAAUUAUCUGCACUAAGUUUCUGUUCGGGAGUGGUCGCCGGCUUGGUCGCCAUUACUCCGGCUGCCGGAUUUGUGGCUCCCUGGGCAGCUAUUAUUAUUGGUUUCCUGACGUCGUUAUGCUGUAACUUUUGGUGCCGCGUAAAAAAACGCAUGGGUUUCGAUGAUUCUUUUGAUGCGUGGAGUGUACACGGGAGCGGUGGAUUUCUGGGUAACAUUUUGGCUGGAAUAUUCGCCCAGAAAUGGAUCGGCAUGCUAGACGGUACCAAAAUCGAUGGCGGAUGGAUGGAGCAAAAUUGGAUUCAAGUUGGUUAUCAGAUCGCUUCGUCUACGGCCAUCGCUGUUUGGUCAUUUGUGGUAACCUACAUCAUCCUGUUCAUUAUUAACAAAAUUCCUGGAUUGCAUCUGAGACAGAGCGAGGAAGAGGAAGAGCUUGGUGGGGACUUUGUGGAAAUGGGAGAGGUGGGCUAUAUGCUGGUAAUUACGGAGGAUGAUCAGCAUUACGCCCCGGCAAUGGAGGAAAAUGUUAUCGGCGUACUGGCUGAUGGGCGUCGUGUGAGCAGCGGUAACACGCUAUCUGACCGCAACCGCUCAUCCAUAAAAUCACGGGAUUCUCGAAAAGAUCGGCUGGAAUAUGAAUAUGACAACGACGCCGAUGCCAGGAGAGACAAACCAGCUGCCAUCAGCUUUAAGCUUACGGAUAUGCACCACGGCAGACAUCCGGCGGCUAACAAUGUGGUACCCGCCAGUUUUCAAAAAAAGGAAUAAUCUUGACAGAUCUGCGUCAUGUUGUAAGAUAUUUUGUAAAAUCUCCGUGCUCUGUUCAUCAACGACUGAAUGGAAAUUAUAACAUUACAUACUGUCGUCUGUCAUGUAGGAUAACAAAUAAUCAAAUUCGCCGAUAGAGCAUACGAAAACGUUUGAAAUUUUAUUUUAUUUGUCUUACAUUAUGGAUGUGCUGCAUGCGGACUUUUUACGAACUUGUACGGCGUAUUCGUUGUCCCUCAGAAUGUUUUUCCUGUUUUAAGCAAUAUUAUACGAAAUUGUAAAAAUUAUUUGACUCAAA